UGAACAGCAGCAAUCUGGAUUAAUGAUGGAUUGGUCGACAUUUUUGCCUUGGACAUUACUUUUCUGGAAGCAAUGAAGUACACGCAAAAGUUGGAUUGAGGUGAAUUUGCAACUGUAUGUCUGAAAAUGUGCUGUAAAACUUGGUGCUGAAAGGAAGCAAAUCAUUACUUCGAAGUGAUGCACACAGCUCGUUUUGCUAAAAGGACUGCUCCAUUACACACCUUUAUAGUGCAAGGUAGGGUUACUCCAUGCCAACAGAGAGCUACAUGCAUUUUCCAAAGGAUCUGUGACUACAAGCAUUACAAAGAAGUAAAACACAAGAAAGAAAAGACAUUUGUCGAGUAACCCCUACACUGCUUUAUGAUGGUAAGCCUGAAUGAUAGCACAGCAUGUCCAGUGGACGACAACUUUAAGUACACCCUGUAUGGCUGUGUAUAUAGUAUGGUGUUUGUACUCGGCCUGAUAUCAAAUUGUGUUGCUAUGUACAUUUUUAUGUGCACAUUAAAGGUGCGCAAUGAAACCACAACAUACAUGAUAAAUCUGGCCAUUUCAGACCUCUUGUUUGUGUUUACACUGCCAUUUCGGAUUUUCUACUUUGCAGCAAGACACUGGCCCUUUGGAGAUAUAUUGUGUAAGAUAUCAGUCACUCUUUUCUACACAAAUAUGUAUGGGAGCAUUCUGUUUUUGACUUGUAUUAGUGUGGAUCGCUUUCUGGCCAUAGUGUAUCCGUUUCGGUCAAAAACUAUCAGAACGAAAAGAAAUUCAAAAAUUGCUUGCCUUGCAGUGUGGCUGACUGUGAUUACUGGGAGUGUGCCAGCAAGCUUUUUCCGCUCUACCAACAGAAACAAUAAUACAGAAGCCUGCUUUGAGAACUUCUCUGAAGACACCUGGAAAACCUAUUUGUCCAAGAUUGUGAUUUUCAUUGAAAUUGUGGGCUUCUUCAUUCCACUCAUCCUCAACGUAUUCUGUUCAGCAGUUGUUUUAAAGACUUUGAAAAAACCAGUCACUCUGAGCAGAAGCAAACUAAAUAAAACUAAAGUGCUGAAGAUGAUCAUUGUUCACCUAGUGAUUUUCUGUUUCUGCUUUAUUCCGUAUAACAUCAAUUUGGUUCUAUAUUCACUCAUGAGGACUCAAUCGUUUAGCAACUGCUCAGUAAAAACAGCUGUCAAGACUAUGUACCCCAUUACCUUGUGUAUUGCGGUCUCAAACUGCUGUUUUGAUCCUAUUGUUUACUACUUCACAUCAGAGACUAUUCAGAACUCAAUCAAAAGGAGAAGCCGAGUUAGGAGGAAAGAUUCACGGUUUUCGGAAACAAUUCAAUCGGAAAAUUUUAUACAGCAUAAUUUUCAAACACUAAAGGCUAAAAUAUUUGAAAAUGAAUCUACGAUAUGAUUUGUGGAAUAUAUGGAUAGACCUACAUAUAAAACAUUACGAGGGGUUUGAAUGUGAAUGUGUCUUUCCUUUACACUACCAUGAAUCAGUACCAAUGGCCCUCUGUGUGCAGAAUGGUCAAGUGGACAGCCCAGCUAGAAACAUUAUUGAAUCUAUAGAAUUAUGUUUCUGCUAUCUAGAAUUACUAAAGCGAUCCUGUUUCAGUAAAUAAUCUAUAUAGUGCUUUGUCUUAUGUCUAAAUCCGCUCUAUAUAGAGUUGCCAAAACAGUUUAUAUAUAUAUAAAUUUCACAUGCUGAUAGGUAGCAAAUACAAAGUACUGAUCAACAGUGUAGUCACCAGUGUAAGCAUAGCAUAAAUCCAAAACAUUCUGAUGUAGAGGCCACAGUGGAUUGUAUGUAAUGGUCAGUAGCAUGUGAAAUAUAUAUAAUAUUUGUGGAGAUAAAAUGAAAGUCCUAGAUAUAAUGUGGCAAAUAAGUUAUUAACGUUUAUUGCUGCUCAAAUUGCUGUUUAGUAAUACCCCGAUUGUCUCUCAUUUGGUGCCAAAUAUAUUAUUGAGCCACUGUGUCCCAGUAUUAAGUAUUAAACAAAAACAAUUACUGAAUAGGUUGGCAUAGUG